AUGGUUUCCUUCUCUUCUAUUUCUCAAGGUGUUAAUCUCUUGAUCGUGGCAUCAUGUUUGAUGCUUGGCUCCUCCGAAGCUGCACCUGUUGUUGGCAGCACUACCACUACAUCUGUCAGCUCCUCUACUGCUAAUGCCACUACUACUGCUGCCACUACUACCGAAGCCACAACUACUACUGAUCCAGCCUCUUUUCCUACAUUCCCUAGCUCUGGAUUAUCUGGAUCCUCUGGACUUCCUGGUCUCUCCUCUGGAGGUAACUCUUUAAGCUCUGGCCAAUUGGAAAAACUUAAGGACUGGUUUAGUCAACACGGUGGCUCUAACUCUAGCCUAAGCAAUGGCGAUCUCAGUAAGAUUAAGGAAUGGUUCAGUCAAUUUGGAACACCUGGCCAAUCUUUGGGAUCUAGUGAUUUUAGUAAAAUCAAAGACUGGCUUGAACAAUACAAAGACUCUUCUGAACUCUCCAAACGCGAUUCUGUUGUAUCAAUUGCUACUACUGAGCAAAUCAAUACAUACAAAAAAUAUGCUGGUGUUGCUUCUGCUGCUUAUUGUAAUAGUGUUGCAUCUCUCAAGUCUUGGAACUGUGUUCAAUGUAAAAAGGCAGUCUCGGACGGCAAGAUUAUCAAGACUUUCAAGUCCAUAGCUACAGAUACUAAUGGUUUUGUAAUGACUAGCGCUGCUGAUAAGACUAUUUACCUUGUGUUCCGUGGCAGUGUAUCUGCUCAAAACUGGGCAUCUGACUUCCAAGCUACUCCUGUUUCAUACUCUGCUGCUUCUGGCGCUAUGGUUCAUUCAGGUUUUUACACUGCUCUGAAGGACUCCUCUAAAUCUUACUUCUCGACCGUUCAAGACCAAUUGACCGCCAAUCCGGACUAUAAAGUUAUUGUCACAGGUCACUCUCUUGGUGCUGCAUUAGCUUUGCUCGGCGGUAUGGAUCUCUACCAACGCGAUAAGAGAAUUACUUCUGAGAAUCUUAUUAUUUAUACAUAUGGUGGUCCUCGCGUCGGCAACAAAGCUUUUGCAAAUUACGUUGUUGAUAGCAAGAUCCCAGUCUACCGUUCCGUGAACAAGAUGGAUCCUAUCCCUCAAACUCCUCCUACCACAAUUGGUUUUGUUCACCCUGGUAUUGAAGCUUGGAAAAAGACGACUGGCACUGUUCAAAUUUGUAACACACAAAUUGAAUCCACUCGAUGCUCUUCUUCUAACCCUUCUGCUUCCAAUAUGAUGGACCACUUAAACUAUUAUGACAUUAACAUGGGUGUCUGUUUCUAA